GUUUUGCCAUAAUCCAUUACAGUGUCUCGGGGGAAAGGGCGCAGGGCCAAUUGCAUGCCCAAUUUAGGCGCUUUAUCUCGUGCCACCUUUCCAUUUUCGCGUGCGCGCGUCGGGGUUCCACACAGGCGAAAAUGUGAUGGAUCCGUUUGAAGUGACGUGAUUUAGCUGUGGGGACAUUUUUCACGUUAGAGUUCAUGAUGAUAAUUCCAAUGGCGGUGACGAAAACGACGGCAGUUCUCCAAUGGACCUCUGCUAUUGGCUGACUCGAACGCCGCGAGCGGGGUGUGCGUAUAAAUUGUGCAGCAGACGCACUGAAGCCUUUUGUCAUGUAGAAGUGUGAUAAGUUCUCGGAAAGGAGGCUGCAGAAGGGGCCAGGACCGAGAAAGACACCUGUUACCGAAGCCUAGACUUCUGCCAGAAAGCAAACAGCCAAGAACCGCAAGGGACGCUUCGCCUCUCUCGCCGCCCCGCCCCGGCUCCGGCCCGGCCCCUCCUACGGCCCUCCCCCCCCCCUCCCUCCUCCUCGCCAGUGAAGCCCUAGCGGGACGAUGUGGGUGCUGGACAAGAUCCGCGGGUCGGUGGAGGGCAACGCUCUCCGGGCGGGCGAGGCCGCGGAGGCGAAGCAGGGCCGGGCGGCGCCGGCGUACAGCAACGUCCUGACGCCCGACAAGAUCCCCGACUUCUUCAUCCCGCCCAAGCUGGUGUGCUGCCCCGUGGAGGCGGAGCCCCCCGAGGUCCGGCCCAAGGGCGGCAUGCAGGGCUCCAUCUCGGAGCAGGCCAUCAGCGCCCAGAAGCCCCCCGGCAGCCCCCGCAGCCCGCGGCUGGUCAGCAAGCUGGCGGGCGACACCCGCAGCCUCCUGAAGGCCGCCAACCGCCACAUCAUCCAGAUCGAGAGCGCGGACGAGGUGGUCGCCGGGGACACCAACGCCGACCCCCAGUCCCAGACGGCCAUGUCGCUGCCCUACGUGCCCAAGACGCAGACGUCCUACGGCUUCGCCACGCUGACGGAGAGCCCCCACACGCGGCGGAAGGAGUCGCUGUUCCACAGCGACCACGCCCCGCCGGGCGCCAGCCCCGUCACCUCCCCCAACGCCCAGCGCAGGAAGUCCCCCGGGGGCGUUGGCGGCGGCGGCGGCGGGGGCGGCGCGGAGGUCGACGCCCACCACCUGAACCCGGCCGACCUGAGCAACGUGUCGCACAUGAACCCGUACCGCUACUUCAGCGGCGGCGAGAGCGACACCUGCUCGUCGGCGGAGUCGUCGCCGUUCGGCUCGCCGCUGCUCUCGCGCUCCGCCUCGCUGCUCAAGAUCUUCACGCACGAGACGCAGGCCAAGGUGUCGCGCGCCAAGCGCUCCUUCGCCCGCCACUCCUCGCUCUCCACCGACGAGUGCAGCUCGGCCGAGCCCAGCCCCAGCGUGCCGCGCCGCGCCCGCGGGUCCUCCGGGCGGGGCGGGGCCGGGGGCGGGCCCCGGGACGCGCCGCAGCGCGAGCACACGGUCAACCUGCACCGCGGCGGCACCGUGCGGCUGUGCGUGGACUACGACGCCGGCGCCGCCCGCCUGCGCAUCCGCGUGCUCGCCGCCGAGGACCUGUACGACCGGCUCGCCGACGUCAAGGGCAUCAACUGCUGCGUGUCGCUCUGCCUGAACCCGGGCAAGCUGCAGAAGCAGCGCAGCAACAUCAUCAAGAACAGCCGCAACCCCGUCUUCAACGAGGACUUCUUCUUCGACGCCGUCCCCGCCGCGCAGGUCAAGAGCCUGGCCGUCAAGAUCAAGGUGGUGAACAAGGGCACCAGCCUGAAGCGGGACACCCUGCUGGGGGAGAGGGAGGUUCCCCUCCACAAGUUGCUCUCUGGGCUCUAGUUUCCAGGGUUUUUGGGGGGUUUUAUUUUCGGGACAUUUUUUUUUGUGUGUAGCAGAGGAGCAGAAUCUGUGAUGAUUCACACGUAUGUCAGCGCGCGUUCCCCUCGAUGAUUCCCCCUCCCCCUUCUCCCCCCCCCCUCCCCCCCUCUUCCUCAUGGUUGCUUACCCCCACCAGUCAGCAGGCAGACCUCCAGACCUGUCACGUUCCUGGCAGACUUCACUUCCUGGAGAGAAGCGGCACGUGGAACCCGCCGCAGCUCGCCGACCAACGACUUUUCCCCGCCGGCGCGCCAUUUUGCUUAUUAUCCGCCCCUCGUCUUCGUG